GAAGCUAAUCCAAAGCUUGAUUGGCGGGGACAAGAAGGUCAGCUAAACUUUUAUGAGGCAAAGAACUGGAAUUUGGAAUCUGUCUGGUCUCCUCACGGGUAAACAAGGCGCACUCAUGACUCUUACGAAACUGAAGGGCCUAAUUUGGGGCAGAUCUGCAGUUGUUAUGAGUUCAAGAAUGCAACCACCACCUGCUGCUUUUGAAGAAGAUCUGGUUUGGGGUUCCAGAACCACCUGGCAGCUCACAACUGUCAGCUCCGGUUUCAGAGGAUCCAGCGCCCUCUUAUGGCAUCCCUGAGCACUGCACACAGGUGUUGCACUUACAGCAAUCACAGUAUCUGUACUGUUUGUGGGGGACACAGAAAUCGUGGAGGGAGGUGGCCCGCUGCUGGCACUAGGACUUUCAUUUAAUAACCUCUGGCUCCUGGGAAUACGCUUCUCCAUCCAUGCACGUACCUGUUUUUAUUCUGUUCUUUUGUUGUUGUUAAAUUUAUGUGUAUGAGUUUUGCCUGCAUGUACGUAGGUGCACUUCCGUGUGUGUCUGGUGCCUCUAGAGGUCAGUGGAGGGUAUCCAAUCCCCUGAAACUGGAGUGAUGGAUGGGUGGCCUGCCUCAAAUGUGGGUGCUGGGAAUCCAACCCGCGUACUCUGUAAGGGCAGUAAGUGCUCUUAAUUGCUGCGCCAUCUCUUCAUCCUUCACACCCUCCCCACAAGUCACAGUCUCUGUACUUAGCCCUGGCUGGUCUAAAAACCCACUAUGUAGACCAAGCUGGUUUUGAACUCGUCUAGGUCCGUUUGUCUCUGCCUCCCAAGCGCUGGGAUUAAAGGCGUGCGCCUCCACGGACCGGCCUCUUCAACUUCUGUUUUAGAUACAGUCUUGUUAUGUUGCACUGGUUGGAUUGAUACUGUACAGUAAACCUUGCAUCAGGCUCCCGCCCCCUCCCAGUACAGCCUCCACAUUGGUUUCUCCUUAGAGCCUCUCGCAUGCUGGGCCCGCUAUCACAGAGCCACAGCCCGGCCCAUCAGACGAGUUUCCAGCACCCGUGGCUCUGGACAGACGGUUUCCGCCCAAGAGCAACUAAAACAUAGCUGGAAGGACCGGACGGUCACAGAUUUCCGCACGCCAGACGCGGUGUUCUCGCGAGAGUUGGCUCCAGGCAGUCAUGUGACAAGCCAAGAUGGCGAUGCCCAGGGAGGCGGACGAAGAGUCGGUGGUUUACCUGGUGGUGAGUGGGAUUCCUCCUGUGUUACGCUCGGCCCAGUUACGGAGCUACUUUAGCCAGUUCCGGGAACAGCGCGGCGGAGGUUUCCUGUGUUUCCACUACCGGCAUCGGCCCGAGAGGGGCCCUCCGCAGGCGAUUCCCGACGCGGCCCGAGCUGCCCCCGACCCUGCUGCCGAGGAUCCGGUUCUCUCCCAGGCUACCGCCCCUGAUGCUCGCACUGUCCCCGCCCGGGACUCUGCUCCGGUCCAGACUCUGCUCCGCACCUGCUGCUGUGUGGUCUCGGUGAGGGGAGUGGCGCAAGCCCAGCGGCUGCUUCGCAUGUACUCGGGCCGCCGGUGGCUGGACUCUCAGGGGACCUGGCUCCCGGGUCGUUGUCACAUCCGCAGGCUUAGGCUACCCACUGAGGCUUCAGAUCUGGGGUCCUUUCCCUUUAAGACCCGGAAGGAACUGCUGAGUCGAAGGGCAGAGAAUGAAGCUUUUACCCUGGCGGACCUGAGGCAGCUCCCCGAGCUGAACCCACCAGUGCUGAUGCCCAAUGGCAACGUGGGCACGCCCCUUCGGGUCUUUUUGGAGUUGAUCCGGGCCUGCCGUCUACCCCCUCGAAUUAUCACCCAGCUGCAGCUCCAGUUCCCCAAGACAGGCUCCUCCCGGCGCUACGGCAAUGUGCCCUUCCGGUACGACGACUCAGAGACUGUGGAGCAGGAAGAGCAUGUGUACACGGCCGACGGGGAGGAAAUCCCCCAGGGUACCUGCCUGGAAGAUCCAGCGGCCAGCCCCUCCGACGAGCCGGACGAUGAAGGGCAGCAGGAAGAGGAAGAGUCUCACUCAGAAGAUGACGAUGACCGUGGCGAGGAGUGGGAGCGGCACGAAGCCCUGCAUGAGGACGUGACCAGGCAGGAGCGGACGAGCGAGCGGCUCUUUGAGGAGGAGAUUGAGCUGAAGUGGGAGAAGGGUGGCUCUGGCCUGGUGUUCUACACCGACGCUCAGUUCUGGCAGGAGGAAGAAGGAGACUUCGAUGAGCAGACAGCUGAUGACUGGGACGUGGACAUGAGUGUCUACUAUGACAGAGAUGGUGGAGACAAGGACGCCCGAGACUCUGUCCAAAUGCGCCUGGAACGGAGACUCCGUGAUGGCCAGGAAGAUGGCUCUGUCAGAGGAUGCCACGUGGGCACCUUUGAGCGCCACACCAAGGGCAUUGGCCGGAAGGUGAUGGAGCGCCAGGGCUGGGCUGAAGGCCAGGGCCUGGGGAGUAGGUGCUCUGGGGUACCUGAGGCCCUAGAUGGUGAUGGCCAGCAUCCUAGAUGCAAGCGUGGAUUGGGGUACCAUGGAGAGAAACUACAGCCAUUUGGGCAACUAAAGAGGCCCCGUGGAACUGGCUUGGGGCUCAUUUCCACAAUCUACGAUGAGCCUCUGCCCCAAGACCAGGGGGAGUCCCUGCUCCGGCGCCAGCCACCCACCAGCAUGAAGUUUCAGACAGAUAUGACUUUUGUGAGGGGCUCCAGCUGUGCCUUAGACAGAUCCUCAGAGCCUGAGUGAGUCUAGGUCCCUGAUCAGGAUGACUCAGCUGCAGGAACACAUCUCUGGGUCUUGCCUUGUGGGCCUCUGAAGCAGCCAAGAGCCCGGAACUGGCAGUCUACGCAGCAGGCUCAAACAAGAAACCUCGAGCGUGCCCACCACUUCUCUACCUCAAAGAUGUCACUAAGAGCCCCUCCUUCUGGGGCGUUCGUGCCUAAAGGCCUUUCCUUGGCCUCCGAACCCUAGGCCUUGUUUGGGCUUGCCUCAGAACCCUGAAGAUCUGGACUGCCUGUGGCACUGG